UUUAAUCAUUAUAUGAUUGUUCUCACUGCAACCAUAACUAUCCUCCAACUGAUACUGCUCUUUACUUUCACUCCACAUGUACCCAUGAAGUUGCUCGAAGUCACGGACAUCAUCCAGAACAGAGACUUUUGCCUUUGAACUGAACUGUUGCCUGCCGGUCUCUUGCACUUCUCCCCAAAAAGACUCUGUUUCCCAAAGGAAUCCUCAACUCCAUCAUUCUCUAACAGCGAUCAGCUCACUGAAUUCUGUGUUGUGUAACUGUUGUUGUUGUGUGUCUCCUUUAUCAUCUGAAAAUGUCACCGAAAAUGUUGUUUUGUUGUGCUGUUAUCCUAUGCCACCUGGUUAUUGUUACUGAUACUCUGUAUGACAGCCAUCAUGAUGUGCACAAGGACAACACUUUCCUGAAAACUGCUCAUGGGUUGGCCCAGGCCAAACGUAAGCAUUCGUGUUGGGUAUGCGGGUUAAUGCCAUCUGCCUCUGAAGUGUAUCCUUACAUAGCCAUCCCCUUUACCAUCCCUGAGUAUGUAGCAGCCUUUAACAGUACUACAAAUGGUUCCCCUGAUGACAUCUUUCCCAAUCCUCCAUGGGUCGGAGGGCCCCCUACUAAGCUUUAAAUUGAGUUAUGCCCCACGUGGUGUGAUCUGUUGGGUGGCCGACAAGAGUGGACGGUCGGUGGUAGGUCGGAGCAUCUGCCCAUAUGAAGUUCAGGUUGGACAGACUGAGGUUUCCAUUGAACAGUCAGGUGAAGUGGUCACUAAUGCACUAGCCCCUGUACGUGGUUCCAUGUUUGUGUGUGGACAGUAUGCAUAUUCCUAUCUUCCCCCUAAUUGGCAAGGCUCAUGUUAUCUAGCUUAUGUUGUUCCAGCUGUGAGGAUUGUGGAGAGGGAACAUUUGGUGGGUGAGUCAACAUCCAUACACCCUAGGACUAAGCGUGACGCUUUUGGGGGUCACAGUAUUGUUGCAACCCCGACACAGAGAUUCUUUGCCGCUUUAAUUCCAACUUAUGGCCUAACUGUGGCGCUUGAUGAGAUUAGAGACCUGGUACACAUUGUUGAUGUAGUAGCUAAUGACACUGCACGCGCUCUUUCAGACAUUAACCGGGAACUGUAUGCAGUAAGACGGGUUGCCCUUCAGAAUAGGCUCUGCCUGGACGUGGUUUUGGCCAGUAAGGGAGGUGCUUGUGCUCUGAUUGGACAGGAAUGCUGUACUUACGUGCCUGACUCGACCGGUAAUGUCUCAAAUUACAUCAAAGAUAUUUACACCAACGUGCAGCAGCUUAAGCGGGAUAAUGGUAGCUGGUCCCUGGGAGGUUGGUUGAGUAGCUGGGGUGGGUCCCUGUUUGCUCAGAUUGUCCAGUUCAUUAUGCCCCUGCUCAUUCCCAUCUUUGUCAUUUACUUAGCUAUCCAAGUGGUGUUGUGUAUCAUCAAGCGUGCCACUACUACCACUCCAAGAUUGGCCCCUGUUAGAGCACCUCCUGCUGCCCAGCCUCGGGAUGAACCGAGGAUGUGGGUUUGAUUCCUUUCCUUUUUAAUUUCCUUUUAUGUGUGAGCCAAUCCUCCGGAACGAAAUCAGUUAUUAUUAUGUUUUUCUUUUAAGAUGCCGGCACUU